AUGGUCGUCCAGGAGUUUCGGAUUGUCCUGCCUAUUUCAGUCGAAGAGUACCAGGUGGCGCAGCUGUACGCCGUUGCAGAGGCCAGUAAAGGAGAGACCGGAGGCGGGGAGGGUGUGGAGGUGCUGACCAAUGAGCCCUACGAGAAUGGAGAGGAAAAGGGCCAGUUCACCCACAAGAUCUACCACCUACAGAGUAAAGUCCCUGGUUGGUUAAGAGUGCUGGCUCCAAAAGGCUCUCUAGAGAUCCAUGAAGAAGCUUGGAACGCGUAUCCUUAUUGCAGAACAGUCCUAAAAAGUCCAUAUAUGAAGGAGCGCUUCUCUAUAGAGAUAAUCACGUGGCACAAGGAGGAUAUGGGCACAAUAGAAAAUGUUCAUAACUUAGACCCAUCAGAAUGGAAAAACUGUAAAGUCGUCGACAUUGACAUUGCAGCCGAUCUAGAAGAACCCAAGGACUACAAAGAAGAUGAAGAUCCAACUAAGUUUAAGUCUGAGAAAACACAGCGAGGGCCACUGGGGCCUGACUGGAAGAAGGCACUGGAGAAGGACCCCAACACUCCCCACAUGUGCGCCUACAAACUGGUCAAAGCUGAAUUCAAAAUGUUUCCCCUUCAGGGCAAAGUAGAGAGCACUAUUCAGAGGAUGGAGAAGAGACUCUUCACCAACUUCCACAGAAAGCUCUUCUGUUCUAUGGACAAAUGGUACGGAAUGACCAUGGAGGACAUCCGGAAGCUCGAGGACGAGACCAAAGAUGAGCUCGACAAGAUGAGAGCAGACGAUGUUGUCAAAGGCACAACAGCUGAUAAGUAA